AUGAGUGAUACAUCAUCUCAAUUAUUUUCCAAUACAUUUAUCUUUCGUAAUGAAGAACAAUUGGGGGAAUAUAUAUCGAAUAAAAUAACUCAUAAUCCCGUAUCCUAUUAUUUAAAAAUUAUACUUGGUAUAUUAACAUUGAUCUUACCUUUAUUCAAUUUAUUUAUGGUCUAUCGUAGUGUAAUAUAUCAACCAGAAGAUUUUGCCGAUAUUUAUACAGUUUUUCAUUCAAUUAUUUUUUAUGGUGAAUUUAUUCUAGUACAUUUGUUAUUAUUCUAUACUCUAAUAAAAUUUUUAAUUGAAAAUUUUAAAAAUAAAUAUGUAUUAUGUUCAGGUCAAGGUCGAUGGAUAAAUUUACUUGAUGUUGAAUUUACUUUAAUGGCAUUUAAUAUGAUUAAGUUAAUUCCAAUAAUAUCUUUAACUGGUUUUAAUUUUCUCUCAACACAAAUCUAUGUAUGUACACCUAUAUUUAAUAAAUAUUCCAAAUCUAUUCGAAUAAUAUUAUAUUGUAUAUUUAUAUUUGUAAUUUCUUUUCAAAUUAUCUUUCUUAUUAGUUUACUUCUUUUACUACUUCUUAUUAAAGUAUAUCAAGUAUCAUUUGUUGGACAAACAAGAAAUCCAUCAAAUUGGCCAAUUAAUCAAUGGCUUUUAUUUCUUGGAUUUUCAGCGAAUAUUAUAAAUAUAACUGAUACUCCAACAAUUACACAAUUAGCAUUUAUGUGGAAUAUAACAAGUCGAAUAUGGUCGAAUGAUUCGAAUAUGUGGAUACCUGAUCGACUUUUAUUAAAACGAAAAGUUUAUAUAUAUGAUCGAUUCUGUGAAAAAUUUGGUUUUAUUAAAUCUUUUUUCUGGAUUCGAACAAUGUCAGCUAUUGAUGUACAUUCUCUUGUACGUUUAUCUCCAUCAGUAGAAAGAAUUUCAGAAAAUUUUUAA